AUGGUCAAAGCAGUUGCUGUUCUUCGAGGUGACGCCAAGGUUGGCGGCACCGUCGUCUUCGAGCAGGCGUCCGAGUCUGAUCCCACCACCGUCACCUGGGACAUCAGCGGCAACGACCCCAACGCCAAGCGUGGUUUCCACAUCCAUACCUUUGGUGACAACACCAAUGGCUGCACUUCUGCCGGCCCUCACUUCAACCCUCACGGAAAGACUCACGGCGCUCCUUCGGACGAGGCCCGACACGUCGGCGACCUCGGCAACAUCGAGACUGACGGCCAGGGCAACGCCAAGGGCUCCGUGAAGGACUCUCACGUCAAGCUCAUUGGCCCCCACAGCGUCAUUGGCCGUACCGUGGUUGUCCAUGCCGGUACCGACGAUCUCGGCAAGGGUGGCAACGAGGAGUCCCUCAAGACGGGCAACGCUGGUCCUCGACCUGCCUGCGGUGUGAUUGGCAUAUCGUCGUAA